AUGUCCCCCACGUUGGUCUCGCGUCAUGAUCAUACACGACUUCAAGACUUCCCUCUCCAGCCCAUCUCCGAACUCGUCCCCUUCUCCGCGUUGAUCAUCUCGGUGGUCCUGGUCGUCCUCUUUCUCAUCCGGUUCUACAUCUUGGAAGGAUUUCUCAUCAAGAAGCUGUACGGACCGAUCUACACGAACUUGGACGAACUAAACCGGCGCGGAUUCAUUAAUCACCAUAUCGCCGGGGUGACCAAGAUUGUCAUUUUGAUAGUCGCUGCCUAUCCCUUCGUUGUCGUCACCUUUGGCAAUGCGACCUUUAAUACUGCCUAUGCACACGGCAGUGCGGCCACCAUGGGGGACGUGAUGGUAGUCGUGGCCCAGAUGCUGAUCGCCAUGUACCUCUUUGAGCUCAUCUACCGCGUCAAGCUCUCACCCAUUGCCGUCCUCCACCAUAUGGGGACGAUCCUCAUCGGCCAGUCGGCGCUUGCCAUCAGUCUCCGGUUGGCACGAGAACCAGAUGCGGACAUUGAGUUCAUUCUGUGUACAGUAUGGGGCGCCUUCGAUAUCAUCUCCGAAUUCUUCCCUCAUAUCGCCAUCAUCAUCUACCGCGUGUUCCCAAAUCGGCAUCAUUUUCUCAGCCGAGUGUUCCUCCUGUCGUGCAUCACCACCGCCACGGGCACGACGUGUGAAACCAUUGUGACCAUGUGGCUCUUCGGUAGUCUGUGGGACCGAUGGGAGCUGUCAUUCAAAAUUGCGACGCCGCUCUUGCAUGUAGCAUUCUCCGCGGCCCAGAUCCAUGGCAGUGUUGUGUUCUGGCGAAUGUACAAGCGCCAACGGCGCCUCAUCAAGGAGGUGUCUCUUCAGGACGAAGAAAGGAUGAUCCUGGGUCAAGAUCUCGAAAUGGCGGUGACGGUGCGAAGCAAGCCAGCUGCGCACUCAGAUACCACGGAGGUCUCAGCACCGUAG